UAUUUUUUAUUUUAAGCCUGAAAAAAAAUUUCAGACGCAUAGGCGCAUAGCAUAACUGGACCCGACUUAACCCUAAACCUUACCCAUAACACAGAAGCUCACCAGCCUCCAUCCACACUUACCAACUCAGUCUCACCCACCGACCCACAUCCCCGACUCAACCAGCUCCCUCUCUCCCUCCCCUGCAUCCAUCGGCGGCGCCCGCGCCUCUCCUCUCCGUCGCAGGUUCGCUCGCCGCCGUCGAGCUGCUGCUCCUCCUGUGUCAGAUCCACUGUGUUCUGUAUUUCUUUCGAUAGUUCAGGACCCUAACUAACCCAGUGACCUCCCUGACCUAAACAAGUAAACCUGAAAGUCUGAAACUAUAGUAGCCUCUCUCUCUCUCUCUCUCUCUCUCUGUCUCUCUCUGCACCUCCAUUCCCUUCCCGCCGCAUCAGGGGAAGAAGAUGAGGAAGAAGAAGCAACAAUCUGUUGCGGAGGCUGAUGCAGUUCAAGAUUUAGACUCUGUGAUUCAUGACCAUACUCUUUUCUUUGACAAGUUGAUUGAACUCAUCCCUGCCAAGUUUUACCUUCCAACCGACGAUAAGGAUAAGCCGUGGUUUCAGGGUCUCAGCAAGGCUAAGAAAGCUGAGGCGAAGAGGGAAACUAAGGAGAAUAUUAAGAAGUCCCGAAGGGAACGGUUGGAUCCUGAAAAUCCCCCUGCCACUACUCUUGACUUGUUGAAGCAGAACUUGGGUAAGGAGAAAGCCAAUGAGAGUAGCGAUGAGGAGGACGGUGAGGCUAAGCCCAUUGCCCUUGAAGGGGACAAUCGGUCUGUGACUUAUGAAGAGCUUCGGCAAAGGCUUCAUCGUAAGCUUGAGGAGUUUCGUUCAAGUCGCGAGAAUUCGGGAAGGGCAAAGAAGAGGGAGGAUAGAAAUGCGAAGAGAGGGUUUGAGGACAGGAAACGCAAGAGGGGUAGUGAAAAUGAAGAAAAUAAAGUUGCAAAGAAAGAGUCUACAGAGAAAGUGAAGAAGGAUGCUGCCGAGACCUCGAAAGAGCUUAUGUUUGGUCAUAUCAAACUUACAGAUGGUGAGAUGCAAGGUAAGAAGAGGAAACUUUCGAGGCAUAAGGAACUUGAAAGGGCAAAGAAGUUGGAGGAAGCGAAGAAUGAUCCUGAGAAAGGUGAGGCUGUUGCAAAGAAGCAAUCGUGGAAAGCAGCAUUGGAUAGAGCAUCGGGGAUUAAGGUUCAUGAUGAUCCCAAGCUGUUAGAAAAAAGCAUUCGUAAAGAGAAGAAGAAGCAACAGAAGAAUGCAGAGAAAUGGAAAGAGAGAAUUCAAACAAGGGACCAGUUGAAGGCAGAGAAGCAGCAAAAGAGAUCAGAUAAUAUUUCUGAGAGGAUUCAUCAGAAGAAGAUGCGUAAAAUUGCAAAGAGAGAGAAAAAGCUUUUGCGGCCUGGCUUUGAAGGUCGCAAGGAAGGUUUUAUCACUGAAGGUUCCAGUUAACUUAAUUCAAUGUUGGUUGGUUCUUUCCUUCAUAGAAUCGUAGUAUUUUGAGUGUUAGAAUAUGACAAAUAGAACACAUCAAUUUCUAUGUCUGGUUUAGUAUAUCUCUUAAAAUUGAACAAUUUUUCUUUCUAUGACGGGUAUUCAUACGACAUUUUGGCAAUUCAGCAGUCCAUAUGAUCAGUUUCUGGUUAUAGUGGAUUACCGGCAUUUUAUUGAAUUUCAACUAUCACAGGCUGUUUGAUUACAUUAUAUCAUCAUAGACUGACAUACAUUGGUUGUUGUGUU